GACCUGGGCAGGCUGUGGCCAGACACUCUGCUCCCGGGGCCACAUGGCUGAGGUGGACACUGGGAGCGACCAGAGGCAGAAUGAGGAAAUUGAAGCAAUGGCAGCUAUAUAUGGAGAGGAAUGGUGUGUCAUUGAUGACUGCGCCAAAAUAUUUUGUAUUAGAAUUAGCGACAAUAUAGAUGACCCUAAGUGGACACUUUGCUUGCAGGUGAUGCUACCGAAUGAAUAUCCGGGUACAGCUCCGCCUGUGUAUCAACUGAAUGCUCCUUGGCUCAAAGGGCAGGAACGAGCAGAUUUAUCUAAUAGCCUUGAGGAAAUAUAUAUACAGAAUAUUGGUGAAAGUAUUCUUUACCUGUGGGUUGAGAAAAUAAGAGAUGUUCUAAUACAAAAGUCUCAGAUGACAGAACCAGGCCCAGACGUAAAGAAAAAAACUGAAGAGGAAGAUAUUGAAUGUGAAGAUGAUAUCCUUUUAGCAUGUCAACCAGAAAAUCCAGUUAAAGCAUUGGAUUUUGAUAUCAGUGAAAAUCAAACAGAAAUAGAAGAAUUACCUCCGAUUGAUCAUGGCAUUCCUAUUACAGACCGACGAAGUACUUUUCAGGCACAUUUAGCUCCGGUAGUUUGUCCUAAACAGGUGAAAAUGGUUCUUGCCAAAUUGUAUGAGAAUAAGAAAAUAGCUAGUGCCACCCACAACAUCUAUGCAUACCGAAUAUAUUGUGAGGAUAAACAGACCUUCUUACAGGACUGUGAAGAUGAUGGGGAAACAGCGGCAGGUGGACGUCUUCUCCAUCUCAUGGAGAUUUUGAAUGUGAGAAAUGUCCUGGUCGUAGUUUCACGCUGGUAUGGAGGGAUUCUGCUAGGACCAGAUCGCUUUAAACAUAUCAACAACUGUGCCAGAAACAUAUUGGUGGAGAAGAACUACACAAAUUCACCGGAGGAAUCAUCUAAGGCUUUGGGAAAGAACAAAAAAGUAAGAAAGGACAAGAAGAGGAAUGAACAUUAAUACAUGAAACUACAUGAAAGGUUAAUUUGCCUAUAAUUAUAUACAAAUUCCACACUCAUCAAAGAAUAUAUUGUGCAGAGAGAGGAUCCGGGAUUGCUCCAGUUAGCCAAUUCAUCAUGGACACCAACAUUAUCUUCUCUUCUUUGGUUAUAUCAUCUGCCAAAAAUAGAGAGCUUGUGAUAUAUUCACGCGUGUUUCAGGCUGACUCGGAAGACUUAAUUUGAACUUAAUCACCAUUUCACCUAAUUGUAGGAAGGUAACAGUUGCCCAGGGCAGUACCUGAAUUAACUGUCCAUUUCAGUACAUGUCAAGUGCCUUUGUUAGGUGGGGAAGAAAUGUCUCUAGAGGAAUAUAAAUAUCUGAUUUCUUGUCAUCGGUAUUCUCAUUUUGUUAAAUGAAUAUUGCCUUUUACUGCUCUUUAUGGCUUAUUGGAAUAGGAGCUCACUGAAGAUUGAUCUUGGAGAGUUUCUUCUUGUGAUUUUAGUUCAUAAGUAUGUCACCUUUCAUUUUAUAGUGUUCAUCAUUGAGUAAUGGAUUGAGUGAAGUUUCGGGAGUAUCCAUCUGCAGCUAUGUGCUGAAGCAAUUCAUCUAACAUAUUUGUUAGCAUAAGUGUUAUACCUCAAUUUCUGUUGCAGAUUGGUGAUUGUGAAAUUUCAAAAAUGAUUUUUCUAGCCUCUACCUUUUUUGUUUAAUUUUUGUAAUGUAAAGCAAUAAAUGUAGAGUGUUAGUAGUCUCCUCCCUCCCCGCAAGUGUGUUGGUGUAAUAAUCUGGUUUCUUUUAACAACCUGGAAGUACCCUUCUUGUGCUCUUCAUUGAGGAAUUAGGAGUGUGCUGGAAGAUGCACUGUGGUUAAUGAGGCCCAGAUGGGACGGAGGCGGCAGCACGGCACUGGUGAGGGUGUGUUGUGCUGUUACAGGAAUGUGACACAGGUUUCCCCUCUGCAUUCCGGCCCUCUUAAUUCCAUGACUUUGUACAGAGAAGGAACAAACCUUUUGAUUGGAAAAACAAAGGAAAUUCCUCUUUUUUCCCUAUUAUCAAAUGUACCUUUCCAUCAGUGUUUCAUGUACCUUCUUGCAUCUGCAAGUUGUGUGAUUUACCUCUAGGCAUCUAGACAGUAAAUUUACCUUGUGACAUAACAAGUCAUUACCUGUUCCCUUUCAGAUAUGACCACAAACAAGCGUGAAAAGUUAAUGGAUCACACAUUUAUCUGGGAUUCCCUUCCAGAGAGAGGGAGCAGAAAUUAGGAGGCAGCUUAUAGUGGUGCUAGACACGGACAGCAUCAGAGAAAAGGGGACACAGACACAUGUUUUAUUCCUAUUCUCUGAGAUUUUACCUGAAAAAAAGUCAACAUCCUUACUUGGUAUUUUUAAUAAGAAUUUAGUAAAUAUAUUUACACUAGGGUGGAUUCUGAGAAAUAAAAUCUAAAUUGUAUUUGUUGUAAGUGUGUUUAAUGUUGCCAGUUAUAAAAUGUCAUCAGAGGAUGAGUUAUAAAAUGUCAUUGGAGGAUGACAUACAUGUAUUUUGGACACUUACCUCAGAUUCCAUGAAUAAUUAUGUCUUAUAUUAACUUAAAAUGAAGUUAAAAACCAUUAACUAAAAUUAAAAUAAUUUCACAAUUUUGGCAUAUCAAACCUGUGAUAGAAGAUAUAAAACACUAAGAAUUUGGUGCUGCAGAAAAAUAAGUGAGUUCAUUUUUCUGCAUCACCAAAUUUGCAUUUCUUUCUUGCUGUUUUAUCUAAUAUUUAUUUCUUUAUAGAAAACCUUUAUAUCCGGGAUUUUGUUUUUAUUUAAAAACAAUAUUAUUUUUGCUUCUCUCUAUAAAAUUAUUAACCACAUUUUCCUGACUAAAAAUCCUAAUCUCCUUUGCCCAUAGCCAACUAGUUAAUAAGUAGAGUCUAAAAGUCUCUAAUUCUGGAACCUGAGUUAUUUCACACUCUUAUUUAUACAGACACUGAUAAUAGUUAUCUUUUUUCUCUAUUUAAAAUUUAUCUUGAUGAGAGGAUUUUCAGAUUCUCCAAAUAAUUUUCUAUAGCCAAAUAAAUCUGUGUGGUGGCAUAUUUUGUAGUAUAUUGUGUUUGUUAAACAUACUCUCCAUAUGCCAGAAUAUAAGAGCAGGUAGCAUCUACUUUUUAAAUGGGAAUAGCAAUAUGAUUUGGAGGUAUAUAUCAUGAAACAGAGCCUGUCAAGCUAACCACAACUGAGAAAGAAUAGCAUGAAGCAGAUAGUGUUUGUAGGGAUGGUGAAAUUUAUUGGGAAAAUUGUAGAAUUGCCUCUAAUCCCACUAUCUAGAGAUAACUAUUAGUAAUGUUUGGUAUGCACAUCCUUCUAUUUUUUUCCUGUGCAUGAUUUUGUACAUAUGCUAUUUUUCUUUCCAUAAAAUGGUAUUAAACUGUAUAUACUGUUUUGUAUCUUGAUAUUUCAUAUAGAAGUAUAUUGUUAACAUUU